AUGGGCAAAUCAAGUCAUUUUAGCCUUUGUGUGGUCAUCACCCUAACUGUUCUCUCAUGCUCUGUGUUUGCUGAUGACGAAGAGCCAGACAACCAGGCUGGUGUACGACAGCAGGUGCGACAUGGUCAGCAACGAGGCGCCAUGGGAAUAAAUCACAAUGCCGGAGCAGCAGGCAACCCACGGCGAUUUGUCGGGGGUAAUAAUGGGCAAUUUCCUGCACAACGACGUGCACCUGGGCUGAGAAACGCCAAUCCUAUGGGGAUGAAUAGAGCUGCAGGUGUGCCACAGGGACAAAGGUUUAAUGCCCCAGUGCAGAAUGUGCAGGAGGGGGACGACCGACCUGGCCAAUUCCAGAAUCCUGGCAGACAAGCAGCUGGUCAGAGUUUCGGUGGUGUGCGGCGUAUGCCUGGCAAUGGCGUUGACGAGGAAGACGACGGCGAAAUGCGAAUGCAGCGCAGGAGGCCACAGCCGGGGCGCGUCAUGAUGAAGAGUGGUGCGGAGCGGCGUGUGCCACAGGGACAAAGGUUUAAUGCCCCAGUGCAGAAUGUGCAGGAGGGGGACGACCGACCUGGCCAAUUCCAGAAUCCUGGCAGACAAGCAGCUGGUCAGAGUUUCGGUGGUGUGCGGCGUAUGCCUGGCAAUGGCGUUGACGAGGAAGACGACGGCGAAAUGCGAAUGCAGCGCAGGAGGCCACAGCCGGGGCGCGUCAUGAUGAAGAGUGGUGCGGAGCGGCGUGUGCCACAGGGACAAAGGUUUAAUGCCCCAGUGCAGAAUGUGCAGGAGGGGGACGACCGACCUGGCCAAUUCCAGAAUCCUGGCAGACAAGCAGCUGGUCAGAGUUUCGGUGGUGUGCGGCGUAUGCCUGGCAAUGGCGUUGACGAGGAAGACGACGGCGAAAUGCGAAUGCAGCGCAGGAGGCCACAGCCGGGGCGCGUCAUGAUGAAGAGUGGUGCGGAGCGGCGUGUGCCACAGGGACAAAGGUUUAAUGCCCCAGUGCAGAAUGUGCAGGAGGGGGACGACCGACCUGGCCAAUUCCAGAAUCCUGGCAGACAAGCAGCUGGUCAGAGUUUCGGUGGUGUGCGGCGUAUGCCUGGCAAUGGCGUUGACGAGGAAGACGACGGCGAAAUGCGAAUGCAGCGCAGGAGGCCACAGCCGGGGCGCGUCAUGAUGAAGAGUGGUGCGGAGCGGCGUGUGCCACAGGGACAAAGGUUUAAUGCCCCAGUGCAGAAUGUGCAGGAGGGGGACGACCGACCUGGCCAAUUCCAGAAUCCUGGCAGACAAGCAGCUGGUCAGAGUUUCGGUGGUGUGCGGCGUAUGCCUGGCAAUGGCGUUGACGAGGAAGACGACGGCGAAAUGCGAAUGCAGCGCAGGAGGCCACAGCCGGGGCGCGUCAUGAUGAAGAGUGGUGCGGAGCGGCGCGGGCAGCUUCCACGCCAGCCACAGCCGAUUCCACGCCAGCAGCGCCCCGGUGGUAAGCAACAGCAGCCAGUCCAGCGUAUGCAGCAACUGCGACAACAACAACAACAGCAGCAGCAGCAACAGGAUCAAGGUCGCGAGCCUGCGGAUGACAGAGAGCAGGGACAAGAGGGUGAGAAUGGCGAGGAGAAACAGCAGCAGCAGGGGAACGACUAUCGCGUAGAUUCAGUGGAACGGCCAGCAGUGCAGGCGCAGCACCCUGCACAUGGUGUACAUCUACAGGCUGUAGAUGUACACCAUGUGCGGUGA